AUGGGCUCCCUCGGAAACGAACAAUGCCCAUUGCCAGAAUGUGUGCAAUCGAUACAUGCUCCCUCGGUCAUGCAGGAGGAGAUGAUAUUAUCUACACUCGCUGACCCUUCCCACGAAUCCUAUUUUGAAACCUACCAUUUCCGCACCCCCGCGAUCUUGAGCCCAGACCAGCUCAAUCGAGCAAUUCAGGCAGUAGCAAGGAAGCAUGCGGUACUGCGAUCUGUCUUUGUUCAUGAAAGCCAUUCAUCAACAAAUGUACGAAUUGCGGUGCUGGAUGAGACAUACGUCCUCCAACGGGCGAGACUACUCAGCCUGGAGCCUAUCGACGAGGGGAAUCAUUUCGGUAUUCUUGAACUUGAAGCCAUAGGAACAGAUGGGUGGGAUGGAGUUAUGCCGUGGAAGUUCUCAUUGACUGUCUGUCAGCAAAAGCAAGACUCUUAUAUCACCCUGAUGUAUCAUCAUGCACUGCUCGAUGGGUGGUCGGCGAGGGCUCUUCUAGAACUGGUUCAGGAAGAGAUGCAGAUCUGUGGAGCUCCUUCAAAGGGGUCUGAUUUUUUUUCUUUAGCACGACAGUUUCAAGAGCACGAUUGGCGGCAGGAUGAGACAUUACUCCGCGAGCGACUGGGGAAGAUUGAGACAUCGCCCAUACUCAGCCCUGGGCCAGCUCAGAAUGGUGAUCUACGGGUGGGGGAGGUGACUCGUGAAGUUUCUAUGACUUCUGAUAUCAGUUUACCGGAUCGACCAGCUUUUCCUGCACGGCUUGUUCGUGUCGCUCUUGCUAUGGCAAUGUGUGUUUUUAGGAAUAGUGAUGACACCUUAUUCCUGGAAAUCACUUCCGCUCGAAGCCGACUAUUUCCUUCCGACCAGCAAGUAAUGGGACCGGUAUUGACCCCUCAGGUGCGAAAUAUUCACUUGAAGAAAAAGACGAAGCUCGGAGAGUGUGCGCAGCUCUUGCGUUCAUCCCAAGACCCCAAACAUAACUUCAGUGUUAGCCAGCUGAAGUCCUUUUUACCCGAGAGCAGCAGGGACCUCGACGUCUGUCUAGUCUGCCAAACAAAUCAAUCAUAUCCUUCGAAUGGUGUCAAUAACUGGGAGUGGACUGGGGGAAAAGCGCAGAACGACCUCCCCUUUAUUGUAGAGAUUUUACCCCCAAGGGAAGGAGGGUUCCUUGUCAAGAUACGAUACCACCAGCACCGGUUCGACAAGCAAUUUGCCUCCUCCUUUCUUGAGUUCCUUUGCCAAACCUUAACGUGGAUGCAAGCCACUGGCGAUAGCAUUGACCACCAGACAUUUGCCACAGCUGUAUCGGAAAUAUGUCGCGAGGGAGAUUACAGACAACAUUACCUGGCGUUGAGCCCGAAGGCCUUGACGGGUGACCCUGCUAGAGCGCACAACCUGAUUGAACAAGCCGCUAGCAAGUGGCCCAAUAAGAUCGCCUUGGAAGCGGAGCAUAGUCAGUUUAUGACAUACGCUGAACUUUCUAACGCGAGUAGUAGAGUGGCCAAAGGCCUGCAGAACUGCCUUUCCCGCGACUCGGCAAACCAACCACUUGUCCCCAUCUGUUUUGACAAAAGUGUAGAUAUGGUAAUUGCUAUUCUGGCAGUCCUCAAGGCGGGCGGUGCGUAUGUGCCAUUAGACCCUUCCCAGCCCAGGGAGCGGCUUGCAAGUAUACUAAGCGCCUGCCAUGCCACUGUGGUCAUUGCAGGCCAGACAGAUCUCCAGGAUAUUCUGCACUCAACAUGCAGUGAGCUGGGAAUCCUGGUGACUUCUAUUGAGAGCCUUUCCGAGCAGGAUAAUUCCACCGCUGAAUUAUCUGGGCCGGAGCACCUGUCUCCAUCGUCUCUGGCAUAUGUACUGUUCACAUCCGGGUCUACGGGUACUCCAAAAGGAGUCAUGGUGGAACACAGAAACCUAGUUGCAUUCAUGAAAGCUGGAGAGGGAAAUGCAGAUGGGACAUGGACAUCGACUCGACUGCAGCUGGCCGCGUACAGUUUUGACGCAUCCAUUGGAGAUAUCUUCGCUAAUCUAUACCGCGGUGGCCGUCUAGCCCUGGUCCAGCGCAACAGAAUGCUUUCAAAUUUGAAUCACUGGCUGGAGGAGCUGUUGGUUACUCAUCUUGCAUUGACUCCAACGAUUGGUGAUCUUAUCAUUUCGCAUGUACCUGCCCGGUUGCAGGUGCUUAUGUUUGGUGGUGAGCCUUUCCACCAGAGCUUUCUGGACCAGGCCCCAGCCGAAGCAAGAAUCUGGAAUACCUGUGGUCCUACUGAAACCGUUGUGGAUGUUGCCUGCUGCGUACUGCAGAAGGGGGAGACAAAUGCGCCCAUUGGUCGACCCUUCGGCCAGUGCCAAAUCUAUAUAUUACAGCACGGAAGUAGCGAUACAGCGGUUCCUCCGAAUGCGAUCGGAGAAAUAUGUGUCGCUGGCCCUCAGGUUUCACGCGGCUAUCUAGGGCAGCCUGAUGUGACAAACCAUGUGUUUGUCACGGACCCAUUUCGUCCAUCGCAAAGGAUGUAUCGCACUGGUGAUUUAGGACGCCUCAAUCACAGAGGUAUGUUGGAACAUCUCGGGCGAGCCGAUGGCCAGGUCAAGCUGCGCGGACUGCGAGUGGAAACCGGUGAAGUCGAGGUGACAAUCCGGCAGUCCUCUUCUCUCAUCGCACAGAUAUCUGUCAGUGUCGACCACCUCGAAGGUUACGAUCGCGAGGCUCUCAUUACCUGGCUCGUUCCACAAGACAGCAGAAGUGUGCAAGACAUCGAACUUGCAUACAAGGAAGAGAUACUACCUUCUUGCCAACGGCGGUUGGUACCAUACAUGAUUCCAGAAGUGUGGAUCAUACUUCCAUAUCUUCCCCUUACAAUUAGCGGCAAGCUGAAUAGGGGCACUCUAUCUGCGUGGAUGAAAAGUAUUGCAACCGGCGGUACCCUUGAAGGUUUCCAUGUACUAGAGGCGCCAUGGAAAACACGAGGAAAAACAAAUCGGCUGCCAACAAGCCCGGCGGAAAGGCUCAUAGUGGCAACCUGCGCAAACGUACUAGGCGCAACACCUCAUGUCGUCUCCCUGGGCUCCACCUUCCUAUCUCUUGGUGGUAAUUCUCUCUUGGCAAUGCGUCUUUUGGCCGCAUUGCGACAAGAGGGGAUGAUUUGUUCCUUACGGGACCUGCUUGGCCCCAUGAAUCUUGGUGAUGUAGCAAGGGCUAUGUCUCCGUCCAGUAGCCCAGAAAGAUAUAUCACAAAUGUGUUUUACCAUGAGGACAGUUGGGAACAGAUCGUCGCUGACUCCAACAUUCCUGUUGACAUGGUUCAGACCAUUUAUCCAUGCACCCCACAGCAAGAAGGUCUUAUCCAGAGUAACCUUACCGGGGACACGUCCGCAUACUUCGCCACUAUUACCGUACAUCUAGGAAGUACGACAGACCUGAACACGUUUCACGCAGCCUGGAAACAAUUGAUAUUUGAUUGUGAUAUCUUGAGGACCGUCUUUGUAUCAUCCUCGGAAGUACAACAUCCGCUAGUCAGUGGGUCCAACAUUCUUCAGGUCGUUCUGAAUCAAUCCGCCGAGGACGUGAGACGAGUGGCUAGCCUGAAUAACGGGGAUAUCGCCUUCAAAUUCGGAGUAGUCCCUCUGUCAGCGGGAAUCAGCCAGGGAUCUGUCAAUGAUCCUCUCAAGCUAACUAUCAAGAUCCACCAUGCUUUAUAUGAUGAAGCAUUGCUUUCUAGAAUUGUAUCGGAGCUUUCCAUCAUUUACGAAGCGCUGGAAACGGGAAGCCCACAGGCUGCCCUUCCCCCUAGUCAGCCGUUUUCCGCGUUUGUAGAGUCCCUCUGGAGUGAAGAUUUGGAGGCAUCAAAGAGAUUCUGGAAGGACUACAUGCACGAAAUGGUACCCCCCAGUUGGCCUGUCGCAAAUGGAAUUCGAAGGACACGAGAAGGAAAGGAUCAGCACACAGAGACCAGCGUGUCCAAAACAUGGACGGGAAACAUCAUUGCUUUGAGCCAGAGGGUUCAGGCAACCCCUGCAUCGAUUGCACGUGGUGCAUUGGCUCUAGCAUUGGCUCUAUACUCUCAAACAGACGACGUGGUGUUUGGCGAAGUGUCCAGUGGCCGAUCCGAUCAUGACCUUUUUACCCUCGGGCCCUGCCUCGCCACACACCCUGUCCGCAUCCAGAUUGAUCGGAAAUCGUCAUCUUGGGUGCCGAAGCUUGUGGCUCAGGCCAUGGAAUCCUAUCUAGCUACAAUACCUUAUCACCAUUAUGGAUUAGCCAACAUCCACCGAGAAAUGGCAGAUCCAGAUCUAAUGGCCUUCCAGGUUCUAUAUGCCCACCAAGAGGCAUUUGUAGAGUAUACGUCUGCUACUCGUUUCCAUGUGGAGUCGGCUAGGUUGCAAAAUCUUGGAUUUCCCCUCAUACUAGAAUCAAGAUGCCAUAACGAGACGGGUGAGCUGGCUUUUGAAUGCACGUUUGACCGGCGAUACCUUGGUGAUGACGACGUCAACUGGUUUCUGGGAUCCCUAUGUCGCACGCUCGACAUGCUCUCAGCCGCUGGGGAUGAACUUUCAGACCCAGCAAUGCUCAUGACAGAUUUCAUGGACGAGGAUAUGAGACGAAAUAUGAAAGAAUGGUCCACAAAACAGACCCCAUUCCGCUUAACGUCCACAGGGAAAGCGAAACUCUGCGUGCACGAGCUCUUCGAAAUACAGGUCGCUUCUACCCCACAGAAGAUCGCCCUUCAAGUGAAUCAGUCCGAGUUCAUUUCAUACAAUGCGUUGAAUAAGCGAUGUAACGAGCUGUCCAACGCGCUGGUGAACUGGCUAGACAGCCUCAUGCUUGAGCAAUCACAAGACCAACAGAUUGUCGCCCUCUGCUUCAACAAUGCCGCCGAUAUGGUCAUUGCUAUGAUUGCUGUACUAAAAGCAGGUGCAGCAUAUCUACCAAUAGACCAAAACCACCCACAGGCUCGCAUCGAGCAAAUCCUCUCCUUAUCGGGUGCAAGAGUGAUGCUGGGCGAUGGUGAAUCUGGGACGGUGGAAAAGCUUCAGGCCGCCAGCAAGCAGGGGAAAUCUGCACUUCUUAGCAUCGAGAGGCUUCUAGCUUUGCAUGGAGAGCAGAAAAUGAGGAAACCCUCGUUCAGGCCUACUCCGGCAUCUCUGGCCUAUGUGAUUUUCACGUCUGGAUCGACGGGAAAACCAAAAGGAGUGAUGGUCGAACACGGCAACCUAGCGGCUUUCAUGGAGGCGAAUGAGCCGGAGGCCGUAGGAACUUGGACUUCGGCACGGCUGCAGCUCGCAACAGGCACUUUUGACGCAGCCACAGGGGAAACAUUUGGCACGCUAGGAUGUGGUGGGCGGCUGAUCAUCGGGCAAACCCAUGAACUUCUGGCCGCUCUGCCCGACUGGCUAGAAAGAACCAAUAUAACCCACCUCUUUAUCACGCCUCGCGUGGCGGCAAACUUCCUGACGGGCAUCGAUCUACCGUACCUUCGUACCCUUCAUAUUGGCGGGGAGGCCUUUGACCCCAGCAUACUACCGCAUUUACCUCGUGGAUGUGAUGUGUAUAACGUGUUUGGCCCAACAGAAACCACGAUUUAUGCAACGCAUUAUAGAAUUCGCAAAGGAGAUGAACAUCGUCGCAAUAUCCCAAUUGGCUACCCCUUUGGGGGCUGUCGGCUAUACAUACUCAACCCAGAGACCUUAGAACAGGUUCCCGUCGGUGUGAUAGGAGAGAUUUGCAUAGGAGGACCUCAAGUCACAAGAGGCUACCAAGGUCAGCCGGAGCUGACGUCCCGGUCUUUUCUUAGUGAUCCUCAUGCUGCCGGCCAACGCUUAUACCGGAGUGGGGAUCUUGGACGGUUCUGUGGAGACGGAUCAAUAGAACACCAUGGCCGAAUUGAUAGCCAGAUCAAGCUGCGUGGUUUAAGAAUUGAGGUAUCUGAGAUAGAGUCAGUAUGCCUCGAGCAUGUGAUAGCCACCGCGUGUACGGUAAUUGUGCGAGAUCGAGAUGAGGGCCAGGGCCUCAUUGCCUUUAUCCAAGCCCGGAAGGACCACCAGACAAGCUCUUACUCACAGGACUGGAGGGAAACAGAGUCUAUACUGCAUCAUCACCUCGAAAGCCGCCUGCCGAGCUACAUGGUUCCCUCUCGAUUGAUUCCUAUCGAAGCCAUGCCCCUUACAACUAGCGGGAAGAUCGACCGACGACAACUUGCCGCUCGAGCAGAGGCGAUGGAUCUUGAAGGAAAACUAUUUACUAGCCAGCAUGCCAAUCAUGCUAUAAGUUGGGAGCAAGGUAGUAUUGAAGACAGAAUCGCUGACGCAUGGGUCCAGGUUCUUGGCGUCGACAAGGCAAAUAUCGCCCCCAAUGUCGCAUUUUCUCGUCUUGGGGGUGACUCAAUUCGCGCAAUUCAUCUGUUAUCGUUGCUGCGUAAGUCUGGGCUGAAGCUAUAUAUGACUGAUGUGAGCAACGCAUCCACAAUCUGUUCACAGGCACAGUGUGCGGUGUCCCACGCAAUUGUGGCCGAAAAGAUCGCCAACGACGCAACACAUAUUGAUACGCAUACCGAGCCGGUAGCACUAGGUCCCAUUGCUGUAAAGUACGCUAGCAUCCAACAAAAGUAUGCUGUCCAGCGAGGAGAACAGGUGAUAGAUCAUUUUAAUCAGUCUGUGCUGCUGGACGUGACCGGAGUCUCCCCAUUGCGGCUUCAACUUGCCUUACAGCGUCUUCGCAAUCAUCACCAUUCUUUACGCGCAAUAGUUCAUUGGAGCUUAGAUCUUCCCGUGGAGGAGUGGACAAUGAGGAUACUUCCUUGCUCAGACAUAAUGCCGCUAGUCCUGGAUAGCCCGCGGACACUUACACUAGAAGCCCUAAGAGAUCAAAUCCACCACCGCCUGACGGGACUAGAUAUCCGCCAGGGUAAGGUGAUGGACGCCAGCCUCUAUUGCCUGGAUGGUGACAACCGUAUGUUCCUGUUUUGGACCGUCCAUCAUUUCGUCAUUGACAUUGUCUCUUGGCAAAUUCUUCGUGAGGAUCUGAACAUCUUGAUACAGGCAAAGGAGAAAAUGGAAUCUAUCGCCUUGCAGCCCACAACAAUGAGCUUCCUCGCGUGGACGCGGGAAGGCCAGAUGAAGUACCAAGAUGGCUCGCUGACCAGAGACAGUACCACAGAAGAACCGGAAGGCUCACUGUCGUUAUUUGCUUCCGAUCAAUUGCCCCUCUGGGUUCGUCAGCCAGGGCUUGUUCCAAUUCCAGUGAGUCGAACCACAACAUUCGCUAGACUGGACUCAAGUAUCACGGAGUUACUUCUUGGCCUUGCAAACAACGUGUUCUCGACGGAACCUCUGGACCUGCUACUGGCAGGGCUAACAAUGACGAUAUCCAAGCACUUCGCAGGUGCCAUCAACCGCCUUCUAGUUGGAUUGGAAACACAUGGUCGACACACCGGAACUAACACCGCCGACCUCUCGCGAUCAGUAGGCUGGUUUACCGCAAUUCUACCUAUGAUACUUGACUGUGGGCGUGGGGUAUUGACUAUUGAGUCCGUGACUUGUCCAUAUGCCGUGCCUCUGUCACAUGCCGCAUUUGAGCUGUAUGUGCAUGGUGGGCAAGUCUUUAUUGAGGCCACAUGGCCGUCGGAUGGUACGAUCAAUGACGAGGAUAUCGCCGCACUCUUGGGUGAACAGAUUGAGGGAGCCAUCAACACGCUAAUAGAGCGGCAUGGGAUACUGCGCACGGUCUUUCAUAUCGACCCAGAAGUAGGGCCGCUAGCUCUAGUGUUGCGUGGUACUCACACUCUCGCCACAAAUGCGAUUGGGCAAGUAGAGGUAAGAAAUCAUUCCGAGUUGGAGGAGGUAGUCACAAGCCUGUUCUGCAACCCUGAGUAUGGAAAUCCAACGAAGCAAGCGUUCUACGUGCGAGUAGUGCGCACCGCUGAUGGGUCCGAGGCAAGGUUAAUCUGGCUCUUACACCAUGCCCUUAUUGACGCUUGGAGCCAAGAUCUUCUUUUCAAGGAGCUGACCCAGAUUCUUGUGGACGGUUGUUCGACCAAAUCGUUGAUUCCGCGGCCUUCAUUUGGCUCAUUUGCCCGCUUUGUGGCUUUCGAUACGCGUGAAAACCAUGAUCAUAGCCAGUUUUGGUCAGAGGCCUUGAAUGGAGUACAGCCUCUGUCUCUUCCUCUCUCGUUGAUGUCUUCAAGGCCCAUGGACGCCGAGGCGGUGGUCGUUGAGCAGGCCUGUAAUCUGCCAGUUCUAUCGCAAAAUUGCAUAUCACCUGCGGCACUGGUGUCACUGGCAUGGAGUCUUGUCCUUUCGGAGGUCCUUGACACCAAUGAUGUGACUCAUGGAAUGCUAUUCUCAGGGCGACAGGCUCCACUUGAUGGUGUGGCAGAUAUUAUCGGCCCCUGUAUCAGUACUGUGCCCAUCCGUACCCAACUGAGCCGACAUGGUAAGGUUAUAGACCUUCUGCAAUCGACGGAGGAUGCAAUUCGCUUGGCUGGCUUACACAGUACGAUUGGUCUUGAUGGUGUGGCUCGAGCGGCCGGCUUGGAGGCCCCGGCCUUGGUGAACACGCUUCUCAAUUUUUUGGUGUUCGAACGGACUGUUGACGAUGGCCUGCCACCCUCCAUUACUCUAUCAUGCUGGCAGCAGGGGGUAGAGGCCAAUGUUAUGGUCAUGCGUCUGGAGCGUCGACAUCCACUACAGGAGGGAAUUGCGCAGUGUCUGAUGGAGCGGAUGGCAUGGUACUGCCAUGCACUAUCUAACCAAACGAAUGACACACUGGACAAUGUCUUAUUGACCACUCCCAAGGAAGACGAACUGCUUACUCAAUGGAGUCAGACUGUCGACUCGCAGCCAUCUGACCCGCCUCCUUGCAUCCACGAUCUCAUCACGAGAUGGGCAGCAGAAGUCCCAGAAAAGGUGGCGAUUCAGGUUGCAGAGUCACAUUUCGUACCUACGCUUCUGGAUACACGGUCCGGAUAUACUCCGCCGCUGAUCCCAAUCUGCUGUGACCGGGGUGUUGAAAUGAUAAUCGCGAUUCUUGCCGUAUUGAAGGCUGGAGCAGCAUAUGUACCGCUCAAUAUCUCUGAUCCGGAGGGAAGACUAGAAGCUAUCUUGCGUCAGACUGAGUCAGCGAUAAUCAUUGGCGGCUUACUUGGUAAUGAUAGCCGUCACAAACUUCAAGCGGUUGCUGACCGCACGUCCACCUCGAUAUACACCAUUGAUGGCCUCUCUACAAUGCCCCCCUCCAAUUUCGCCCUUCCCAAAGCCCGUUCUGAGUCGCUUGCGUACGUUCUGUUUACCUCGGGGUCCACUGGGGAACCUAAGGGAGUCAUGAUCGAGCACCGCAAUCUUACAUCGUUCAUAACCACUCGGCACAAAGAGAUCAUUGGCCGGUGGACGAGUUGCCGUAUGCCAGUAGCUACAUAUACAUUUGAUGUCUCGAUGGCGGACCUGUUGACCGGUUUGGCUAUUGGUGCUCGCGUGGCAUUGGUGAAGAGUGAGAUAAUGUUGGCUUCCCUUCCACACUGGGCAGAGCAAAUGCUAGCUACUACUCUAUCCAUGACCCCAACACUGGCGUCCCUUCUCUCUAGACAGCUUCCACCACAUGUAGCUGUCUUGCUACUGGCAGGAGAAGUUUUCGACCCGAACAUCAUGAAGACACUUCCGCGUGAAUGCCGUGUUUGGAAUGGAUACGGCCCUACGGAAACAUUCUACUCGUCGUUUCACCUAGUGGAUGCACAGGAAACGUACACCCAGGUGCCCAUAGGAAGGCCGUUUGGUGGCAAUCAAAUCUAUAUUCUUCGACCAGGCCUUAAUGACCGUCAGCCUGUAGGGGCAAUUGGCGAGAUCUGCAUCGGCGGGGCCCAGGUUGCUCGGGGCUACCUGGGAUCAGAAGAUUUAACAAAGCGAUCAUUCACACGAAGCCCAUACAACAGCCGGGAGGUGCUAUACAGAACAGGGGACCUAGGGCGGUUCAUGGAUGGGGGUGUGAUCGAAUACCUGGGGCGGAUGGACGACCAAAUCAAAAUAAGAGGGCAGCGAGCUGAGCCUGCAGAGAUUGAGUCAGUGAUUCAUUCUGCUUCACCUCAUGUAGCCCAUGCAAUUGUUGAUCUUUACCACCUGAAGCGGGGAGGUCAGCUACCGCGCCUGAUUGCGUUCAUUUCAACGAAAGAUACAGUCUGCCCCAAUUUGUGCACGACAUUCGUCCCGGAGGAUGUAGAGCGCUAUUGUCGAAAUCAUCUGCCAGCUCAUAUGAUCCCAUCCACAUGGAUUCAUGUGCGCACAGUUCCCCUUACUACCAGUGGCAAGGCGGACAAGAGGAAGUUACGUUCGUGGAUGUGGAGGCUGGAAGAAGGGGAAUCAGUGCCUGAGGCAUCGAUCAUAGAAAUAUCUCCGUCGAAGCAAAUGAACUUCAAGCCACAUAGCGGUAUUUUGCGAGGCAUCGAAACCCCUACAGAGAUCACGUUGAAAGAAUCAUGUGCCAGACUAUUCAAGGUUGAUGAAGACAUGAUAUCAUUACACUUGUCUUUCAUGUCAUCCGGAGGCGACUCGCUGUCAGCGCUGCAGUUAAAUGCUAGGCUGAGAGAAAAGGGAUUCAAAUGUACGCCGCGGGACAUUGUAGAGUCUCAUAGUCUUGCUGAGCUAGCGAAGAGGCUAGAACCAUGUAGCGAGACUGCCACUCUGAUGCCCAUCGCAGACUGGACGCUAGAUCUUGACGAGAUGGCACGCCUCCCCGACAACGGCAUUGAGGACUGGAAGACGAUAGUGCAACGCGUUGGGGUCGAUCCUGAGCAGGUGCAAUGUCUCAUGCCGUGUACUCCAUUCCAAGAAGGUGUUCUUUCCAGCAGCGAUGAAAGUGGAAGCUCUGCAGGAUACUUGGCACAUAUGACGGUUGGACUGGGCAAAGAAAUUGACAUAGAAGCACUCCAAUAUGCUUGGCAGAAAACAGUCGACCACGAGGAAAUGUUGCGCACCAUGUUUAUCCGAGGUGAUAUGGUCGAUAUGCCAGGGCCUGGACAAGAAAGCUCACUUCUCCAAGUGAUCCUGUGUCCUGAAUCACCGCAAGUAUGUCGUGUUAAGACAUUGAAGAUCCUCAGCAUUCCUGCGACUCACACCACUGCGCUUCCAUCCUAUCCAUCUCUCCACGGAGAAGCUCAUUACAGCCAUAUUCCCGUUGCUGCCGUCGUUGCUCCGGAGAGCCAGAAAGCCAACGGGCAACAAUGCACGCUACUCAUAACAAUGCAUCAUGCGUUAUACGACGAAGCGUAUCUUUCCUUAUUGUUCAAGGACUUGUCCCAUAGAUACCGGUCAUUCGUAUACAAUCAAACAAUCCCUGAAGUUCAGGGGGGGCAACGCAUUCCGUUCUCCACCUAUGUGCGUUUCGUGCAAUCGAAGCUAGGCACAACGCCGUCCACAUCUACUGCGGCCAAAUUCUGGAAACACUAUCUGGCAGAUGCAAUUCCCAGUACAUGGCCUAUUUCACAAGGCAUGCAAAGCUCGAUCAUAUCAGUGACGACCCCAGAGACGGCGGUGCUAGAAUGGGCAGGCAACCUUCGAGCAGCCGCUUCCAAAAUCCAAGUUACCCCCGCCGCGAUCGUUCGUGCAGCAUUAGCACUAACUGUGGGUGAGCACACUAAUGUUACUGACGUGGUACUCGGGGAGGUUUCCAAAGGCAGACCUGAUAUUCGUGGCCACGGCGAUGCGACAGCAAGGUUCAUUAGAGGGCCAUGCGCAACCACUCAUCCAGUUCGCAUUCGAUUAGCUGACGAUGGGGGAUCCAAAAGAUAUACAAUGCUGCGGCUCUUGCGCGAGUCUUUUGCGUCAUACAUGGAAACACUCCCCCAUCAGUUUUACGGGCUUUCACACAUUCGCGAGCAGUCUUGCCGGGUAGACCUACUUCCGUUUCAAGUUCUUUUUAUCUAUCAGGAUGCCUUUCGCCAGAAGGAAGGAGUUGCUGGAGAUGGUGCCUUCCAAAUACAAGGGGGUAGCUUGGGGCAAAUGGGCUUCCCCAUCGUUGUUGAAUGUUCCUGUCUUCCUGGGGAUUCAGGGGUUGUCUUUCAUUGCACCUAUGCACCAGACGUGAUCGACAAACAGAGCAUUGGAUGGUUCCUAAAUCAUGUAUCUCAAUCAGUCGAUGCUCUCGUACAAGUGGACCCGACCGUGAGUGAUAAUAUGAGAUUGGCGAGAGUCCCUCUUAGCGCCCAGGAAACUAGACAACUAAAGCUAUGGAGCCGCUGUCAUAGAGUGGAGGACGAAAAUGCCGAUGAUAGUAUGUCCACAGGGCCAUUGUCCAUCACGCAUACCUUCGAUGAUAUCGCAGGGAAUAUCCACGAGAAAGUCGCUUUGCAAUCGGGACAAUAUGAAUAUGUUACUUACGGUGAGCUACAACAUCGCAGCAAAAUCCUGUCCACGGCGCUACAAAGCUAUUUAAUCUCAUUGGGCGACGUUGGUUCACAGCAGCCUAUUAUUCCAAUCUGCUUCGAACGCAGCACGGACAUGGUUGUUGCAAUCCUGGCGAUCCUUAGAGCAGGUGCUGCAUUUAUACCUCUUGAGUCCGGAUACCCAACCGAGAGACUUAUCAGCAUAGUGAGGACGUCCCGUGCUUCGCUCAUUAUUUGCGGGAAGGGAGACAAAGGCAGUGACACCCUGGCUGCGGUGUGCCAUGCAACAAGCACCAAUCUCGUCACCAUUGAUGAUCUCAAUUCCAGACCGGCGUCGUCGGGCCACGCAAAGAUCUCACAGCAUCGCAGGGACGACCCUCAGAUUGCCUAUGUGUUGUUUACUUCGGGCUCGACGGGUACCCCUAAAGGAGUGGUGAUCACCCAUCGCAAUUUACUUGCCUUCAUGCGAAAGAACAGCACGGAUGUCCAUGGACAGUGGUAUAACUCUCGUAUGCCCGUGGCUUCUUAUACGUUCGAUGUUUCGAUGGCAGAUAUUAUAACGACACUUUGUUGCGGCGGUAGGGUAGUUCUCGUUCCAGUACAGAAGCUACUCUCAUCACUAGGCCACUGGGUGGAGUCUUCAAUCACCUCUCAUAUAUCUCUCACUCCAACAAUCGCAAAUAUGCUAUGGGAGCCUGUCAAGAGUGCCCCGAUGGCAUUUCCGUUCCUCAGCGUAUUAUUGUUGGCUGGUGAAGUAUUCGAUGUCCAGCUUAUGAGCUAUGUCCCCGAGGAGUGCCGCGUCUGGAACGGAUACGGCCCAACUGAAACGUUCUACGUAACGUUUUAUCGUGUGCCGAGAGCACAUGCUAAGGAACAAUGCUCAGUAUCAAUUGGAUACCCCUUUGGUGAGAAUGAGAUUCACCUGCUAGGUUUCGAAUCUUACGAUCGUACACCAGUUGGCUGUAUCGGUGAGAUCUGUGUGGCGGGACCACAAGUCGCACAGGGAUAUCUUGGCCAGCCGGAGCUAACAAAGCAGCAUUUUAAACGCGAUGUGUUAAGCCAAGCAUCAGAGGGCUUCCUGUAUCGGACCGGUGAUAUGGGAAGGUUUCAUCCCGAUGGAAAGCUCGAGUACCUAGGUCGAUUCGAUCGUCAAAUCAAAAUACGCGGUCAACGUGUGGAGCUUGCAGAGAUUGAAAUGGUCAUAGCACAGCAUAAUUUGGUUGAUGGCUGUGCAGUGGUGGUAGUGAACACUCCCACUGGAGAUACCCUGGUUGGAUUCUGUGUGCAGGCUUCUGAUCAAAACCGUGCUAAUGGGUGGGACGUCAAUACUGCCGUGCAAGUCAAAGGAUGGAUUGCCGCCAGACUUCCCGCUCACAUGACGCCUUCCUAUUUGUUCCCAUUAGAGGAUGAGCUCCCUCGCGUCCCUAGCGGAAAAGUAGAUCGCCAGCUUUUAGCUCAAAGAGCGGCAGAACUAUUGGCAGACUCCGUGCUAUCCAGCCAGGGCCAGGACACCUACAUCGCACCCACGACCGAGAGAGAGAAAGUGAUCUGUGAGAUCUUCGAGGAGGCACUGGCCCAGCGUGUGAGUGUAUUAGACAAUUUUCUCCACCUUGGUGGCCAUUCCAUCCUCGCCAUCCGAGCGGUAUCCAAGAUCAAUCAUCGCCUCCAUGCCAACCUUACCUUCAAAGAUGUGUUUGACUUUGCGACCGCUCGGGAUUUGGCACGACGAGUCGCGUCGAUGGCUACCAACCACAGCAGCUACGCUUCAAUACCCAGACUCCCUCGGGAUAAAACGAUAGUCAGGCAGUCAUUCGCCCAGGGCCGACUCUGGUUCCUAGAUCAGUUGCAUCCUGGGUCGACUUGGUAUCUGAUGCCCUUUGGCCUUCGCAUCCAGGGAGAUCUCCAUCUCGAUGCUUUAGAAGCUGCCAUAUGUGCACUUGAGGAAAGACACGAAACACUGCGGACGACCUUCGAGCAUCGUGAUGGGGAAAAUGUCCAAGUGGUCCAUCCAUUCGUACAUCGUCGCUUGAAGGUUGUUGAGGUGCCGUCUGCAAUGGACGAAGACAGUCUGCGUCGGGCCUUAAAGGAGGAGCAAUCUACCCCGUUUAACCUCCAAAUAAAUCCAGGCUGGAGACGGCUAGUUCUGCGCCAGAGCAAGAGGUCACAUAUUCUAUCGAUUGUUAUCCAUCACAUUAUUUGUGAUGGUUGGUCCGUCGGGGUACUCUUAAAAGAACUGAGCAUAUUCUACUCUGCCGCACUCCAUGGUAGGCCCAUCGAUGCUCAGCUGCCACCGCUACCUAUACAAUACCGCGACUUCUCGACUUGGGAGGAUCAAGACAACCAACGGGCAGAGCAUGAUCGCCAGCUAAAGUAUUGGGUUGAAAAGCUGACAGGGGGUAAACCGGCUGAGUUCAUCGGUGAUAAGCGAAGGCCUCAAACACCAUCUAGGCAAGCAAUUUUCGAGGAAGUUCAUAUUGAUGGUGUGAUGUACGCCAAAUUACGGCAAUACUGUAAGCAACAUCAACUAACACCCUUCAUUGUUCUACUGGCUGUCUUCAGAGCAACCCAUUACCGGCUUACAAGAGAAGACGAUGCGACUAUCGGUACCCCAAUUGCCAACCGAGGCCGGGAAGAACUCCACGACUUAAUUGGACUUUUUGUCAACGUGCAGUGCAUCCGGCUCAAGGUCGAUGAUGGUCAUACCACGUUUGAAGACCUUGUGAAGCAGGCGAAGUCCACUGCUACUGAAGCCUUUUCGCACCAGGAUAUUCCUUUCGAUAAGAUCGUGUCUGCUCUGCAGCCCGACAGAGAAACAACUCAGAACCCCUUAGUCCGUACGGUGUUUGCCGUUCACCCGCAAACACAAGGGAAGGACGAGUUGGAGGGGCUUGUAACAGAGCAGGUCCUUCUGUCACGUACCACUCGGUUUGAUCUCGAAUUUCACCUGUUCCAAGAAGAGGAUGGUUUGAGUGGCCAGGUCGUGUUUGCUCAGGAUAUAUUCUUCCCUGAAACCGUCAGAGCGAUGAUCUCGGUAUUUUACGCGGUUCUUGAAUGUGGGUUGAACCAACCAAGCACAAGCAUUGCUUCGAUGGCCUUACUGAAUGACGUCUCGCGGUAUGACAUGGACGACCUUCUGAGCAUAAGUUGGACCGACUAUCCACGGGAUGCAACUGUAGUUGAUCUAUUUCGUCAGGAAGCACGAUCCCACCCGGACAGUAUUGCUAUCGUGCAUGGAGGAAAGGAAGUCACAUAUGGUGAUCUCGACCGUCAGUCGGAUAAUAUUGAGCGGUGGCUGCGCCGCCUCCAUCUUCACCAGGAGACGAUCGUCGGGGUGCUCGCAGCGCGAUCCGCGGAAGCAAUCACUCUCUUUUUAGGAAUCAUGAAGGCGGAUCUGGCGUAUCUACCAAUAGAUGCUUCCACUCCACAAAGCCGGAUUUGCAGUAUCCUAUCAUGUAUACAUGGAAGGAUAACUGUUAUUGUUGUGGAUGGAGCUCAAGUUAAGAUUCCAGAAGUCAAUAUGGCUCACGUUGAUUUUGUUGCUUUCUCCAGCAUCCUGGAGGAUCAGCUACAUGAAGUAUCAGGCAUUCAGAAGUCUGAAGGAGGGUCUUCCAUAUCUGCUACUGGUUUAGCAUGUGUCCUCUUCACGUCAGGAUCGACUGGGAGGCCCAAGGGAGUCAUGACUGAGCACCGUGCAAUUGUACGACUGGCCAAGGACUUUAAUUUCGUCAAAGCAGCAGGCAGGCCUCUAGCCCAUAUGGCCAGUCUAUCCUUUGAUGUGUCUACCUGGGAAGUGUUUAUGCCUCUGCUCAGUGGUGGUGUGGUGGUUUGUAUUGAUGCGAUGACAGUACUGGACUACAAGGCCCUGAGCGAUGUAUAUGUUCGCCACCACGUGCGGGCGGCCAUGUUCACCCCUGCAUUAUUCAAACAGUGUCUGCAAGAUACCCCUUCCAUUGUGAAAAGCUUAGAUCUAUUAAUUCUUGGCGGAGAUUGUCUUGAUCCUGAAGAUGUCUUCCAGGCAAAGAAACUGACACAGGGCAUCAUCUUAAAUGGGUACGGCCCCACGGAAAACACAGGGGCAAGCACUAUGUACCCGAUUCCAGAUGAGGACCAAUGUGUAAAUGGUGUCCCUAUCGGGAAGCCAAUAGGUAACUCUGGGGCAUAUGUUAUGGAUGAUUCACUCAAUAUCGUCCCCAAAGGUGUGAUUGGGGAGCUUGUUGUCAUCGGGGAUGGGCUAGCAAGAGGAUAUACAGAUGCCGAGAAGAAUGAAGGUCGCUUUGUACACGUGGUCAUUGGUCAGGAAUCAGUCCGGGCAUAUCGGACCGGGGAUUAUGCUCGAUGGAGACCACUUGAUGGGCAGUUGGAGUAUUUUGGCCGUCGGGACAACCAGGUCAAAAUUCGUGGCCAUCGGGUGGAACUGGGAGAGAUUGAACACGCAUUUCUCUCCCACAGUGCAGUACGCAGCGCUGCGGUCGUUAUGAACAGCGUAGGAGCGGAGGCUGAUCUCGCAGCCUUCGUAACAUUGCAUCCGCUUCACGAUGAUGUGGCAGAGACGGAGAGAGUGGAUGCAUGGAAGACUGCAUUUGAUACAACGGCGUAUGACAGCUUCAAACAUCAACCCAACCGGCUGGGACGAGAUUUUAUUGGAUGGCUCUCUAUGUACGAUGGGUGCAAUAUUGACCUUACAGAGAUGGACGAAUGGCUAGAUGAUACCAUUCAAACCUUGUUGAAUGGGCAAGACCCCGGAAAGGUCUUGGAACUUGGCACGGGCACUGGAAUGAUCCUCUUCAACAUUACGAAAGGGCUGGAAGAGUACGUUGGUAUUGAGCUGGUGCCACAGCUCGCUUGUAUGGUGGAGAAAGUGGCCAACACCGAUGAGAGAUUGGCAGGGAGAGUGAAGGUCCAUCCAGGCGUGGCUGACCGUAUCGAGGAUUUCAUCUCUGAGUUCAUCCCCGACCUGGUCAUUGUAAAUUCCGUCGCGCAAUACUUUCCAAGCGCAGCCUAUCUCUCAGGGAUUAUUCACAAACUUAUUCGGUUGCAGGGUGUGAAGACAUUAUUCUUUGGUGACAUCCGGUCUUACCCUCUAUAUGACGAGUUUCUAGUGUCAAAGGCCUUGCACAACGCUGGCGCAAAAGCCACACAGGAUCAGGUGCGGAAAUGUAUCAUAGAAUCCAAAGCAGCCGAGACCGAGUUGCUUGUGGAUCCUGCAUUCUUCACUUCCUUGACCAGUCAAUUCCCGGAUCGAGUAGAACACGUUGAGAUCCUCCCGAAGCUGAUGAGUGCCACAAACGAACUCAGCUGCUAUCGCUACUCUGCCAUCGUUCACAUUAAACAUGCUACAGCACCGCCGCGUACAACCCACCGGGUUGAGAGGAGCGAGUGGAUUGAUUAUACUUCGCGGUCUCUCAAUUCCCGAAGCUUGUUGGAGUACCUAAAACAUCAGCAUAACAACCGCAUGGUAGGGGUGGAAAAUAUAGCAAAUCGCAGGACGAUCCUCGAACGGUAUAUAGUGAAUGACCUCAAAGAAGGCAUACUGUCGCAGUCAAAGGAUACUCGGACUCACUGGCAGGUCCGUCACCGAAACCGAGCAGCACAAAGUUCAGCCUUAUUACCAGGAGAUCUCAUCGCCAUAGCCAACCAGGCAGGAUUCCAGGUAGAGAUUAGCUGGGCUCGACAAAGCUCACAGCGUGGGGCAUUUGAUGCAAUCUUCCAUCGACUGGGACCAAAUUGUGGACAACAGAGAGUAUUGUUUGAUUUCCCUACCGAUCAUCAGUGUCGAGACGUCGGCUCCUUUACAAACAAUCCAGUCAAAGGUGAACAAGACCAACAGUCAAUAUAUAAGCUCAAAGAGUCGUUGCGCGCCCAGCUCCCAGCCUACAUGAUUCCACGAACCAUUACAAUUCUCGAUCAGCUCCCACUGACAGACCGUGGCAAGAUCGACCGCCAAGCCCUUCGCCAGAGAGUCAUAGACCAAGAACCGGUGGCUAAUGAAUCGCAGUCAAGUGCAAGGACGACAAUGGUGGAAUAUGGCAGUGACACGGAGCGAGCCAUUUGCGGUGUAUUCGCUGAGGUAUUGGGCUUGCAAUCGGUUGACAGAGAAAGCAGCUUCUUUAGCCUGGGGGGUCAUUCUCUGUUGGCUCCACGCCUGGUAUCCCGACUAUCGAGACGCCUGGAUUGUACUGUGACUGUUAGGGACCUCUUCGACUGCCCAACACCUGCCAGGUUGGCCGCCCAGUUAUUAUCUAACCAAUCAGAUAGUAGCGUGGAAGACAACCCUGCUAUUGACCAUGUGGCAAAACACUCUACGUUGGACACGGUGGAGUAUCACGAUGCUCUUCAAGACUGGGGUGUUCAGUCAAGUGAUGUGAGCCACUUGAUGCCUUGCACUCCGUUCCAAGAGGGGGUUUUGUCCAACUCCCUAGCUGUACCAGGAGAAUCCGGCUAUCUGACCGUCGUACGGCUAGGGCUGCAGUCGCAACUUGAUGUGAAAGCAAUACAGUACGCAUGGCAGAAAGUGGUCGAACGCGAAGAGACACUCCGCACCGCUUUCAUUCCGGUUGCUGGGGAUCUCUCUUCAUUUGGCAUUACAUCCAGCACGUUUUGGCAAUGCAUUUUCCAAAUUAACUCCCGCGAGGUUCAGCGGCUUUUCUCUAUUGAGGAGCGAAACAGCGAAAUUGACCACUCUGUUUUGGGCUUUGGCCAUAUCCCAGUCUCGUUGGCAUUGGUAAGCAUCCCGAGCGUGUGCAAAGAACGCGAGACUGGCUCAACUGAACUUGAAUUCACCAUACACCACGCUCUAUAUGAUGAGGCAUAUUUCCGAUGGAUUAUUCAGGAGCUCUCCGCGGAGUAUCAUAAAGCUCGGCUCGAGAAAGACCACGUCCCCCAAGGGGCUGCCGACGCAUCGGUGAACAGGAUCCCCUUUAGCUUAUUUGUUUCUCAACUGCAAGCGAUGACAAAAGAGAAUGUAACCUCAUUCUGGAAAGGAUAUCUAAACGGGGCCCCUGCCGCGUGCUGGCCUGUUGCGAGAGGAUUGGAAAGUGGUCGAAUAACAGACAUAGCCGAGUUCUCGAGUCGGUCCUUGACAUGGAAGGGGAACAUGCAUGAUUUAGCUGGAGCAAGAGAAGUCACUCCUGCCGCAAUCUCUAGGGCUGCAGUAGCUCUAGUCGUAGCAGAGCAUAGUGGCAUUGAAGAUAUUGUUCUUGGAGAGGUAUCUAGUGGACGAUCUAUCGCUGAUGGCGCUGCUGGGUUCGUAGCCGGACCUUGUAUCUCAACACACCCCAUCAGGAUACGCAUGCAAAAGACGGAAGGAUUGGAAAGCAGCCACCAGAGGCUGUCGUUUGACCAGUUGGUGAAACACUCCAUGAAUUCCUAUUUGGAGACGGUACCCUACCACCAGCUAGGUUUACCCGGUAUCCGACGACAGUCAGAUGCCCCGGAUCUUCUGCCGUUUCAGGUGUUGUUUGUUUAUCAGCAGGCACUUAAUUUUGAAAUGGACUCUCGAGGAGACACUUCACAUAACUUCAAGGUCCAAGGGGGGCAUCUCGGUCGGUUUGAAUUUCCUGUCGUGCUACAAGCAUCAUGCCAUCCAGUCACGGGCCACCUGAGCCUCCAGUGCAUGUUUGAUCCAACAGUUCUAAUUCCAGAGGAUAUUGAAUGGUUCCUGAAACACAUAUCACAGGUUCUAAGCUCUAUAGGUGACAGUCCUUCUCAGCUCAAGGCCAGGUUACCUGUCUGUGACGCUGAAGAGGCAGCGCUAACAAAGCUUGCCUGCGAGAAAAACCAAGCCCCAGAGCUACCACUGGGUACUGCAAGCGAGUCUGUGUGCGCUCAUAAUCUGAUAACGCGACGAGCCAUGGAGAAUCCUUGCAAGAUAGCUGUGCAGUAUGAAACCUCCCAGUUCAUGACGUACGGAGAGCUUGACAGCGAGAGCACCAAGUUAUCAAUCAUGAUCCGUGCUUUUUUCAAUCUAGCGCAUUUAGAGAGUGAUGAACAACCCUUAGUUCCAAUUUCAUUCGACAAAGGGCUUGACAUGGUAGUGACUAUGCUGGCAGUUCUAAAAGCUGGAGCUGCCUAUAUCCCACUUGAUAUUUCUCAUUCAGAACAACGUUUGAGGAUGAUCUGUCAAUCCGCGCAGGCCAAGCUCAUCCUUUGGGACGGUCAAAAAGGAUCUGACAAGCUACAUGCCAUUGGGCACUCGUCAGGCGCCACCGUUUUCACCCCUAACGAACUUUCUGGCGCAGCGGACGCUUGGGGAAGCAACCCCCGAUCCGGAAGAAAGCCAACCUCCUCCUCUCUAGCCUAUGUUAUCUACACUUCUGGUUCCACGGGCGUGCCUAAAGGCGUGAUGGUCAGUCACGCAAAUUUGGUAUCCUUUAUGAAAUCCGCAACAAGUGAGACAUAUAUGUCCUGGACCGUGAAUAGGCUGCAGAUCGCUUCAUAUACAUUCGAUAUGUCAGUCAGCGAUAUCUUCCCCGUACUUGCUGCAGGGGGGCGCGUGUUACUGGCCCGACAACAGUCCCUCUGGAGUGAUCUCGCUGGGUGGGUGGAUGCCCUUGCGGUAAAUCAACUUAUGACAACACCCACGGUGGCCGAUAUGAUGCUUUCCAGUGCAUCGACCGACGGGUUCCUGUUAGCGCACUUGCGUGAGGUGAUAGUGGCAGGUGAAGCCGUCAAGAGUGAUAUCCUGGAUAAAGCACCAACGGAGAUGAUAUUCUGGAUACAGUACGGCCCUACUGAAACGACCGUUGUUGUGACUGGAUGUAUGCUUCGAUCACCCACGUACGACCAACCUGUUCCGCAUUCCCAAAUUACCACGAUCGGAUUUCCUCUGCCUGGCUGUCGUGUCUACAUCCUACAGCCAGGUACGUCUAGACGAGUCCCUAUUGGAGUACCGGGUGAAUUAUGCAUCAGUGGACCACAGGUGACGGUGGGAUACCGGGGUGACGGCGACCCUUCUGAAAGCUCAUUUGUCCCAGACCCCUUCUGGGCCGGGCAGACGAUGUACAGAUCCCGCGAUAUUGCCAAGCUCCAUGGCGAUGGUAUGAUUGAGUGGGUUGGGCGGAUGGAUUCUCAGAUCAAACUACGAGGCCUACGUAUUGACUUGGGCGAGAUUGAGUCCGCAGCCAGGCAGCUCAACGGUGUCCAGUCGUGUGCCGUCAUCAAGCUGGACCUGGAAGACAAGGAAACUUUGCUUGCAUUCAUCGAGGUAUCAGACUCUCAGCAAACACACAUUACCCCUGGCACCAUCCAGCAACAUAUCGCACAAUAUGUCCCGGCCUACAUGGUCCCAGCGCACGUUCAGCUCCUCGACACAUCACUUCCUCGCACAGCCUCUGAUAAGCUGGAUCGAAAGGCAAUACAUGCACUAGCGCAAAGGCUUGUGGAUAACGGAGGUUUACUGUCCUUCUGCGCCAGCCAGAUACCACCGGCUGAUCUUCGCCCAUCCCCAGGUUCUCUGGAGGCAACACUUGCGUCGUAUUGGGCUACUAUAGUAGGUGUCGACCAGGAAGUCAUUAGUCUGGAAACACCUUUCUCCCACUUAGGGGGAGAUUCUGUGCGCGCCAUCAGUCUACUCGCGUUACUGCGACGUAACAACUUCCAACUCAAUUUGACCGAUUUGGGUUCCUUUUCGACCAUUCGAUCCCAAGCAUCCAGAAUCCUCUGUAACGUGCAACCGCAAAAGCUCCCUGCUUAUAUGCACCUCACCAGACGCAGCACCAGUCGAGCGACGAUGGUUUUGGUCCACCCCUUCUUUGGUCAGUCUAGUGUGUUUGACUAUGUGGUGCCGGCUCUAAGCAAGCAAUAUGAUAUUGUGCAAGUCUCUGAUCCUUUCUUUGGAAAGCCUGAUGGCCCUGCAUCCCUGCGCGACUGGGCCACACAUUAUUUGGAAGCGCUUCACGCUCACCUAGAAGAUGACCGACCCAUCGUCUUGGUUGGGUACUCUUUUGGCGGCCUGCUGGUACUGGAAAUGGCUCGAUUAUUGGAGAUAACAAAUAAAAAAUCACCCUUCUCUACAGUGAUCGUUGACACGCGCUGUUAUAAUCCGGAUGAGCCGUUUUUCAAGGACGAGGAAGAGAGACAAACAGCUGUUGAUGAUGCCGUUCGCCUAUUUGGCCCCGGCCAAAUAGGGAUGAUCGAGGAACAUUUUCAGAAGCAUGCCAAUAUAUGGGAGAAUUCCGCAUGCCCAGACAACUACCUCGGCCGUUCACUAUAUUUAGCCACUCCAGAGGCCGCUGAGUCGGGCAUUGUAGAUUGGUGGCGAAAUCAGUGUCCGCACAUUGAGGUUCAGCAAGUGGAAUGCUCGCACGCAGACAUUUUCGAGCCUGCGAUGACUGGACGCGUCAGUGCAUUGAUAAAUGAGCAUUGUGACCUAGAUUUCACGCGCAGUGAGCCUUAG